GUUUCAACGUUUAGUUGAAAAAUCAACAUGGCGCUGAAACUAUCGGAAAUUUUGCCUGCACCAAGUCAGCGAUAUGACCGAGAAGAUGAUGACCGACAGUACAGAGCUACUUCAGGGAUUACUGCCAUAACAAGUAAAUGGACUGCUCCACCAUAUGGACACAGAAAGGGCUGGGUGCCACGCUCACAGGAUGACUUUGGAGAUGGGGGUGCCUUCCCAGAGAUUGCUGUGGCUCAAUACCCCCUGGAGAUGGGACUAAAGAAGAGCUCUUCUAAUGCUUUACCCACACAACUUGACCCUCAGGGUAAAAUCAAGUAUGAUGCCAUCGCAAAAUACGGACACGGCAGAGACAAGGUUGUCCAUUCCAAGUUCCAGGACCUGGUCCCAAAACAAAUGGAUCAGGACGAUCCAGAAUUGGAGAAACCAAAUGACGAUUCAAUUAGGGAAACAACAGAGAAAACAAGACAAGCUCUUGAGAGACUUGUGUCCACAAAGAUAUCUGCUGCUCUACCUGUCAGGGCUGCAGAAAAACAGGCACCUGCGCAAUAUAUCAGAUAUACCCGAUCACAACAGGGUGUAGCCUUUAACUCCGGGGCCAAACAGAGAAUCAUUAGAAUGGUGGAUGCGCAGAAAGAUCCUAUGGAACCACCGAAAUUCAAAGUAAACAAGAAGAUCCCUCGUGGCCCCCCUUCACCACCAGCUCCUGUGAUGCAUUCCCCAAACAGAAAGGUGACUGUAAAGGAACAACAAGAAUGGAAAAUUCCACCUUGUAUAUCAAACUGGAAAAACGCCAGAGGUUACACCAUUCCUCUGGACAAGAGGUUAGCAGCGGACGGCCGCGGGCUUCAAGGGGUCCACAUCAAUGAAAACUUUGCUAAAUUAGCUGAAGCUUUGUAUAUUGCUGACAGAAAGGCUAGGGAAGCAGUCGAAAUGAGAGCACAGAUUGACAGAAAGAUAGCACAGAAGAAAAAAGAAGAGAAGGAAGGAGUGCUAAGACAGUUGGCCCAGAAAGCUAGGGAGGAGAGAGCAGGCAUAAGGAGGGGUGAUGGUAAUGAUGAUGAGGUAGUAGAAAGAGAUGACAUAAGGAGGGAGAGACAGAAAGACAGACAAAAGGAUCGUAAUUUGUCCAGGGCAGCCCCGGACAAAAGGUCUCGACUACAGAAGGAGCGAGAGCGUGACAUAAGUGAGAAGAUUGCCUUGGGUCUCCCAAACACAGGGGCUGGAGGGUCAGAGAUCCAGUAUGACCAGCGACUCUUUAAUCAGUCCAAGGGGAUGGACAGUGGAUUUGGUGAUGAAGAGGCGUAUAAUGUAUAUGACAAGCCAUGGCGCCAGGAUCAGACCAUAGCAAGUAAUAUCUACAGGCCGUCUAAAAAUUUGGACAAGGACAACUAUGCUGAGGAUCUGGACAAUCUCAUCAAGUCUAACAGGUUUGUUCCGGACAAAGGAUUUGCUGGCUCAGAUCCAAGUCGUAGACGGGAGGGACCUGUACAGUUUGAGCAGGCUGAGGAAGAGGAUCCUUUCGGUCUGGAUCAGUUCUUGAAAAAAGCCAAGCGUGGAGAGAAACGAGGAAAUGAAGAUAACCGAUCUAGUCGUGACUAUGAAGGCAGCAAGAGUAAACACAAGAGGAGAGAAUAGUGAUAGAUAACAGUGAAAUACUAUAAAUAAACAUUUUAAUUCACCCAUUAGCAUGCAGGUGACAGGAGAUCUACACAAGACUUUAUAAAUCAUGUCAUUGCAUACUUGAUGGUAUAGGAAAACAAAUGGACCAUUAGAGAAAAGUUAUUCCUUGUUAGAUAAGAUUGAAGACAAAUACAAAUCUGAGGUACUGACCUAAGAUCUGGGCUUUUUAAACUGUUUAAUAUGUUAACUUUUCAGUUUGAAAUCAAUUUUAGAGUAAUUUAUCAAAUAUCUUUUUUAAAUCUGAGGAAAGCUGAUUUUGUCAUAAUUAUGCUGAAACUUAAUGUAAUAAAAAAAAAUGUGGGAAAACAUGGCUAGUUGAACAGGAAAAGAACAAAUAUUUUAUGUAUGUACAGUGUCUGUUGUGGUAGUACAAAAAUCAGAUUAGGAAAGCAAGAUAAACAACUAAAAUAUUCCUGUGAACAUGAUAAUCUGUUGUGAAAAUGCUUAUGUGAGGGAGUUGUUGUAACCGUAAACCCUUUCACCACUGUAGACUGUCGUGGACUCAACCAGAUCAGUGCAUGGUAGAGUUUACUGAAGUUACAUAGGGGUGAAAGGGAUAACUAUGUGUUUAUAAGAAAUAUUCAUUGACCUGAAAUAAAGGUAUAGUGUAUUUGUCAGUAAUAUCACAUUGUAUUGUAUGUUCACUUUCCAGAAAAAGAGUAUAGACAUUUCUAUUGCCUCAAUGGUCCCGAGUUCUCAUCCAAAUUAAUAACAACCAGCGAUUCAACAUUACAGUGUACUAUAGGUUGUUAAGACAAUUGGCCAGUUCAAGUCACAUGGGAUCAAUAAUGAGUUAUAUGUAACUGAAUAUGGACUUAAAUGGUAGUUGCAACAUUUUUCUCUGUCAAAAAGUUAAAAUGUAUAAUAUGUGAUUUGUCAGUGACUGAAUAGAAUAAAGAGUAUGUGUAAAUACAGCUGUA